CGACCUUGUUGUUUCCAAGAUGUUGCCGAGCCGCGGCAAUGGGUUUGCCUCGCCGCCCGUUUGCUUUGCCUCCGCCGAGUGGUCACCGCAGGAGGUCAAGACGUGGCUGACGAGCGUCGGGUUUCCAGAGGUGGCUGCAGCUGCUUGGGCCAGACGAGUGACUGGGAUCAUGCUUCUGUUUUUGGGCGAAGAAGGUUGGAGAGAGCUGGGAAUCGCUUCUGCCGUGGAGCGUGCUCGAAUUCUCAGUUUAGUCUCUUCGCUGAAUGCCACUUCGCCUUCGAAUCCUCAUGUGGCACCAGCGCCAGUGGUGCGUCCAGCUCUGCCAGUCCCCCGUUCUGCCAGCGCACUGGCGAGGUUUUCCCGGGUGGUGGCGAAGCUGGACGGGGUGGUUUGGUGUGAUCACAAGAAGGUUUGGUUCGAGCACCUCAUGAGUUCCGGAAAGCAACCAGAAGAAUACAAGGACAUUUUUUGCAUGCAGCUGGAUUCUUACAACCUCAUGACUUUGCUGCUCUUGUCUGGUGUUCUUCCUACAGCUACAGGCGUUUGUGCAGGCAUUGGUUGGGAUGCAGAUGGCUGGCCGUUGGACAAGUUAAAAUUUGCAUUUCUGAUGUUCAGCGCUGCCCUCAGCGGCAUGAUGAUUUGUCAUUUUGGCCUAUCGCAUGUUCUGCACUUACUAGUGUCUGGAGUCAGCAGCGCGAACUACCCGAUAUUUCUCAAAGCCUUUGGACAUCAGUUAUUAGCCGAGGCUGGUUUAGGGUAUGUGGUGAUCGUGUUUUUGUUCGUUCCUUGGAUCAUGCUGUGCACUGCCGUGCUCAUCAGUCAUGCCAAUUUUACAGUGUGGCUGCUUUCAUUCCUUUCCCUGGCAUUACCAUGGCUAGCAUACCAGUAUUUGACCCCGAUCCUGUUGGGACGAGACGACGAUGGACACCGGCCUUUGCUGUUCGAUGGGUUUCAUGGUCGGGCAAAAGUGCUUUUGCGUCUUGCCAUGCAUGGAGGGUUGUUUGGAGAGAAAGUGCCCUUGGAUGAAGGCGAUGCACCAGAGGAGUUGAUCGAGCAACUUGCCGAGCUGAGCCUCCAAGCACCCCAUAUUCGAGCGCACCAGGAGCUGUCAGAGACCGACUAGCUACGAAUUGCACCCAACAAACAAAAUUCGACCGGAGUAUGGUGGUCUGAGGUUUUCUUUUACAGAUUCCCAUGGUGAGCCCAAAAAGGGCCCAUGGGGCAGUCAGAAUCAAGGGAUGCAUCAUGUUCAGAAUCAAGUGAGCCAAAGCAGCUCUCUCUCUCUGAGCAGAUUCGGAUGAUGAGCUCGUUAUGUCGGAAGGAAAGGUGUCAG